AUGAAGGAUUUGUUAAAAAGGGACAUAGGCGGCAAAACAAAACAAGCAGAACCUAUUCUUCCCGAGGAUGAGGCCAUUAUAUGGGAAAAGGGUAUAUUUGGUGACAAAACAGCAGAUACCCUCCAAUGUACAUUGUUUUUCUAUAACUGUAAAUUGUUUGGCAUGAGGGGCCAUGACGAACACCAUGCACUUGAGUGUGAUCAGUUCAUUAUUGGAGAAGACUCUAAAGGAAAGUACGUCGAGUUUGUGGGAAGAGCUUCGAAGACAUUCAAAGGAGGACUCGCGCAGCGAGAGAUCGACAUAAAGAAUAUCAGACACUACAGUAACCAAGGUGAACGCUGCAUAGUCGAUUUGUAUGAGAAGUACCUGCAGGCCCUAGUCUCGGGGAAAUGCUACAGGCGCGCAUUACCUGGCACACCUCCGAGGUUUGGGAACCAACCAGUAGGAGUUAAUAAACUGAGAAAUCUUAUGAAAAUUAUUUGUGCACGCGCGGGAUUAAGUGGAAAUUAUACCAAUCAUUCGGGAAAACGCACAUGCGCAACACAACUCUACAUAGCCGGGGUUGAUGAGCAGGAGAUCAUGAACAGAACUGGACAUAGGUCAGAAAAGGCAGUGAGAAAAUACAAGUCAGCUGACGAAUCGGUGUUACGCAAAGUAUCCUCAGUGUUAGAUCCUCCACAGAAAAGAAAAUGUUCCGAAAACAAAACUCACCAAGAAGAGCCCACUGCCAAACGUGCUACAGUGCCUCUCAGUGAUAUAAGUAUUCUCCCGACAGGAAGUCUUUUUAACAACUGUCAAGUUACUUUUAAUGUCGGAAACAAGUGACCUUUUAAACGAUUUUUGAAGACGUGGCAUAGUGACAUUAGUGUUUAUGAUUUUUAAGAAGACAUCGGGUAUAGUCUUAUAACCUUUAAAUUGUUUGUUUAUAAUUUUGUAAAAAAUAUUACAUGAAUUAAAAAUGAAAUAAACAGAUUUUUUGUUUGUUUUUCAAAAUGAACAGUGUUGUAAUUUGCAUCUUGAUUGUAGCGAUUUUUCUCUGGGACAUGACUGUAAAUCGAUACAUAAACAUUGUUUCAGUCUAACUGUGAAAAAUAACUUGGAACUUAUUGCACAGCUAGGCUCCACCCCAAUCAAUGUAUCGGGGUAGUUAGUGUAUGCCUAGGCUCCGCCUCUUCUCGGACUAUCGAGAUUUAUACAACAGUCAACUUCAAAGAAAAAUAGCC